AUGGAUGAGAUACUCAAGAAAAAGAAUCGCCAGCUCAUUGACAAAGGGAGGUCGUCGGUACUGCUACUCAUGGAUAAUGCCAUAUGCCAUCCAGAUAGUUUUGCUGAAAGGUAUAGCAAUAUUAAGAUUGUGUUUUUACCCCAUAAUACCACAAGCGUUUUGCAGCCACUUGAUUUGAGCAUCAUUCAGGCAUUUAAAAUCAAGUACCACAGAUUCCCAUUGUCUAAUGCUUUAGCUGUGGUUGAUGAGUGUGAUACUGCUCAUGAUGUGAUCAAGUCUGUAAAUGUGCUUACUGCAAUUCAAUGGGUUGCAAAGGCAUGGAGGGAAGUUAUGGCUAAAACAAUCAAAAAGUGCUUUUGCAAGGCUAGAAUUCUAUCUGGUGACUUCUUCAGUGUUACAGUAGUACCUCUUUCUGAUGGUUCGGAUCCAUUUGCUGAUUUAGAUGAAGAUGUUUCACAUUUGAAUAUUCUUGUUGGCCAAGUUAUCAGAGCUGUGCACGGCAGCACUGAUCCUAAAUUUUCUAGCCUGGAGGACCAGCUUGUGCUUAAUCCUAAAGUCAUGAGUAAAGUAUGGGAGAACUUUGGCUUUGCCGCUGAUGAAAACAGCACUGUGCUGGAUAAGAAGAUUAUUUGCUGUCUGAGUUGUAAGUUGAUUGGUUAUUUGGGGAACACAAUGAACCUGACUUACCACAUACGAGUUCACUUUAGGAACAGCAAGCGGAAGAAAAAGAAGUAG